CUCAGCUGUCCCAUACCAUGUCCGUCAUCGCGCAGCUGCCUAAAGAUCUCGGCGGUGCAGAAGGCAAGGUGGCAUACAUCGGUAUGUUUGCGUCAUCAAACCUUCGGCUUCGACUAACGGUCCGCUGCAGAUACGGAAGGCACCUUCAGGCCCGAAAGGAUCGCGCAGAUUGCGGAGCGCUUUGGUGUGGACCCUGAGACAAGUAUGACCCAUCUCCCGACGUAUGAGCUCUUCACUGACGCUUUCCAGCCCAAGAGAACAUCACCUACGCGCGUGCUGUGAAUUCCGAGCACCAGAUGGAGCUUCUGAA